AUGACUGGAAUUCUCCCGGUUGAAGUCGGCGUCCCGCAAGAGCGAUGCAUCUUCUCGUUGUUCAGAGCGGACGUUGCCAGCCUUCCGCAAGCUCGUCCAUUCGAGGCUCCGAUGAAUGAAUACAACGUCCGCAAGGCUCGCAAGGGUAACAACAACGCCAGCAGCCGGCUUCAGAUGACGGCGACUGCUACUCAACAAGCAGAGCAAAGGGCGACUCACACGCAGGAAGAAAUGCUGGCCGCAGAGCAGAGGGCAAUGGGGCCUGAGGUGUUCGUGGCGGUGGCAACAGCAACAACAAGGGGUGGAAGGGCUCGUGGAGCGAGAGCCGGUGGAAGGAGUCGUGGAGCGAGGGCGAGGGGUGGAGGGCGAGGUGGCAUUUUGGCACAGCGCCGGCAUAAGGUGCAGGCAAAGGUGAUGCCAUGUCUCUAG